GCUUCAGGAAAACGCAUCUCGGCGUUGAUGCAGCUCCGACGUGGCUGCUUGCUUUCUACGAUGAACGAAGAGCAUGAUACCUUGUUGAAUAUUGUCGUUCUUGGAGAAAGGUGGAGCGGCAAAACAUCCCUUCUGCUCAGAUUUGCGGAGGGCUAUUUCUCAGAAAACCAGCGGGCGACAGUUGGCAUUGAAUACAAAAUGAAAGUGAUAGAAAUAGACGGAAGAAGGAUAAUGCUGAACCUUGCGGACACGAUGGGCCAAGAACGAUUCCACAGCAUUGCCGCCAUGUUCUACCGCGGGGCAGAUGGCAUUAUUGUAACCUACGAUGUCACAAACCAGAACACUUUCAACAACCUCGAUUACUGGCUGGAGGAGAUCGACUGCUACGCAAGAGAGGACGUCUGCAAGCUCCUGGUUGGAUGCAAAACUGACCUCACAGCUUCGAUAGCUAUCGAACUCAGUACAGCGCUGAGGUUCGCACACAAGCGGGGCCUCCUGCUCAUCGAGACCAGCGCAAAGGAGGGCACCAACGUGGAGCAGGCGUUUAAGGUGAUUGCAGCAGAUAUUAUGCAGCGUUCGCCUCCACGGGUCCCUGAAACUGGCCCACGCAACGACAAGUUCACUCUCCAUAGAACUCCGCCUGCCAGGCGCCAAGGGCGGUCGAGGUGCUCAAGAAGGUAGUUUGGAAAGGUUUAUUUAAAUGAAGGGCGUAAAGAUACGUCGCAGGGGCACGUGAACAUUUAAUAAAGGCACACUCAAGGCAAAAAGUAAGUCGACGUGGACUGUUCGAAUACCAUUCCAGAAACCUCGCAACGCUUGUUUCGUGCCAAGACUUAUAGUUUACGGGAAAAUUGCAUCUGAAGGGUCCGAGUACCUUUUUCGAAAUUCACCGAAU